AUGCAUAAAAAAGCGCUGUUAAUGCUCAGUCAGGAUUUUGCACCCACUUUUGACUUUCCAAGGGCUCACCAACUAGAUGGAAUACAACUGCGCCAAAUUAAGGAAUCGAAUGAUAUCAUUGCUCACUUCACUCUUUCACCGUUAUCUGCGCCGAAGGAUAUUCCGGUUCCGCUAGGAAACAGUCGUUCGCCUUGGUUUUCUCCCCACUGCCAUCCUCCAUACUGGAAAUUCUCCUCUUUUCCAAACAUGGGAACAGCACCCGACUUUAAACCCGGCGAGCUCGAGCAACUACUGCUGUUUUAUUCCUCUCCAGGGCCGGCUGAAAUGCCCUGGGACUCCGCAACAUCCACUAAUACUGAGAUUGGCAACCUCUUCCCCACGAACCUGGCCCCGAUGACACCAGCCCUCAGCACUCCAUUACCAUUUUCGAGUGCAACCUCGGCACCACGCCCGACAUCACCUCCACCGCCUCCAACACGUCUAUCUCCUUUAGUUACUCUAAAGAAGAGGCCACGAAUUAAUCGAAAGACCCGCGAGGGCAAACCCAGCAAAAUCACCAAGCCGAAGAAGCAGCCACGCCAGGACGAGAAGCCCUUCAUGAAACUAAGAGAAGAGGACAAGGGCAACCUCCUUAUGUCAACAAUCGUGGGGGGAGAGGCAGAAGAUGCAGUACCGCUGUCCUACGGAGCUCAGAGGCAGAUCGAGGCCCUGAAGAAGGCGGAAGAGAAAGCUGCAGCGGCGAAAACUGCCAGGGAGGAGCAAGAGGCAAAGAAGGCUUUACAGCAUGUUACUGCUAGAGUUGGGGUGGCGAGUGAAGAGGAUGCCGUGAGGCUAGGCCUUCCAGACCUCGAGGCUUUCAACUGCGACUCGGCUGUUUAUGAUACUGAGACCAUCUUUGGUAGGCUAAAAGGGAAGCUGAGAAGCUCACUGAGGUUUGCUCCCUUUGACGGCAAUUCUGGCUUUCUCGCCUCGAAUUAUACUGGCGCCAUCAUGGAAUAUGGUGAGAUCACCGUUGCAGUUUUGGAGGGACGAUAUGAGCCAUGUAAUGGAUGCGGCUCAUAUUACGGCGUGUUCUUGAAGAACCCCAAGGCUGGGUUAUCAAUUGUAUUAGCCACAAUCAGGCCGGAUAUUGUCAUCUAA